AUGUUAAGUUUGGAGAACUUUAAUUAAACAUAAUUCAAAUAACCAAUAAUCAAUAGGUAAUUUGCCUAAAUAGUCAAAGUCCACGGUCUAUAGAGGCUUGUCGUUUAUGUGGAAUUUUGCCAGAGGAACUAAUUUAAAUUGGUAUAAAGGAACUAAAAAAGAGAAAUCCUGAAUUGAGAUUGAAUAAGUAAGGAUGGGAGAUUAUGUGGUAACAUCAUGAAAUAAGAAGAUAAGAGAAACUAUAAGCGUGUCUAGAGGCAAGAUAAUAAUUAAUUGAUGCAGGAUUUAAUUUCAAUAAUUAAGAAGAUGAAGAAUAGAUCGUUGAAAAUUCAGAUUAAUUAUAAGCAAGUUAAAAUUAACAAGAAUUAGAAAAAAUUUAAUGGAGACAAUAAAAAGAGAUUUAAUAGAUGCUUGAACAUGAAAAAAAGUAAUAAGAGAUACGUGAAAGAAAUGAGUCGAAAUAAAGAUAGAUUUAAGAAAGAUAAUAGAGAAGAGAGGAUUAAUUGAAAUAAAGUAGAGUUAAAUAAGAGUAUGAUAGAGUAUAAAGAGAGAGAGACAGAUAAAUUAAAUAAUAACGGGAAGAAUAAAAGUUAAAAAAAAAAGCUAAAUAACAAUAUAAAAAAGAAUUACAAAGAGUUCAAUUAGAAUAAUUAAGAUAAAAAGAAUUAUAAUAAGAGUAUAAAAGAAGAGAAGAGGAAAGAAAAUAGAGAUAAUAGAUAUUUAAAGAAUAAAUGUAGGAAAUUUAAUUAAGACAUGAAAUGGAAUUAUAAUAGAAGAAAUAAAUUAUGGAAAUGAAAGAUAGAGAGAGACUGGAAAAAUAAGAAUAAUCUAGAUAAGAAAAAAUUUAAGCUUCUUAAUAAGCUUAACUUGAAUUAAAAUUCAAAUUGUAAACUGCUAAAUAAAUCUAAAUGCAGAAAUUAGAAAUUAUGAGAGAAUAAUUUGAAGAAAAAUAAAGAAAAAUAGAAGAGAGAAAAUUAGAAUAUGAUAGAUUAAAAGAAUAAAAAAUUAUUGAAAAUUAUCUUAAUGCAUAGUAACAUUAAGAAAAAAUGAAAUAAGUUAUUGAAAAAGUUUAAAAUUAAGAAGAAAAAAAAUAUUAUGAUUAUUAAUAGAAAUAAGAAAUAGUAAAUUUAAGAAAAAAAUAAAUGGAAUAAGAAAAAUUUUAAGAAUUUUUGAUAAAAAAAUAAUAAUAAGAAGAAAAAGAAUAGCAUAGGAUAGAUGCAAUUUAAAAUGCUGAAAAAAAUUAAAUGAUUAGAACUAAAGAAUUAAAUAAUAGAUUAAUUAUUAAAGAACAAAUGAUUUUAGAAAAAUAAUUGGAAAAAUAAUAAAUUUAAGAAUAAAUAAAAUUAUAAGAAAUAUUAAAAAUGAAAGAUAAAAAAGAAGCAUUAGAAAGAUUAUAAAGAAAAUAAGAAUAUGAAAAAGAAAUAUUAAGAUAAAAAAUAGAAGAAAAAAUGAGAAGAACUGAAAAUUUAUAAUUAUAAAAGAGUAGAGUAUUAGAGUAAAGAUUAUAAAUGAAGUAAAUAGCAAAUUUAUAGAAGGAAGAAUUAAAACAUUAAUUUGAAUUAAUAAAAUAAGGAAAAAUAGAAAUUCUUUAAUAAUCUAUAUAAAAUGAAUCAUAAUAAUAAGAAUAGCAUUAAAUUGAAGAUCAUCCUAUAUCAAAUUAAAAAAAAGGAAGACGUAAUAAAAAAAUUAAAUAAAUUUAGCUUAAACUGCACUACCAAAAAAGAAAGUUGAUGUUUAAAGACCAAAGUCUGCAAUUAAUAAAAAGAUUUAAAAUGAAGAGAAGAAAAUAAUGAAGAUACAUGAUGAUCCAUAAAAAUAAUAUGAGUUAGAAUUUUUAGAGUAAUAAUAAUAAGAAGAGAUGAUUAAUGUAAUAAAAUUAAAUUAUUAUUAGCUUUUGGAAAAUGAGCAAAGAUUAGAAUAGGAAAGAGAAAAAUAAUUGUAUUAGAUUGAAAAUAAGUAAGAAUAACUAAGAUUGGAAAAAAUAUUUUCGAUAGAAAGAAAUUAAGCUAAAAAAAGAAUACUUGAUUUAUAAGAAGAACAUAAAAAAUAGAUUGAAGAAUUUAUGUCUAAUUGA